AUGGAUAUAUUUCGUCAAUUGCAAAUCAAUAUUUCAUUUUCCAAAGCUUUGGAGCAAAUGCCUAAAUGUGCGAAGUUCAUGAAUGACAUCCUCACAAAGAAGAAAAGAUAUACGGAUCAAGAAACCAUCAUCCUUGACGCAAAUUGUAGUGCAAUCAUUCAACAGACUUUACCACAGAAAGAAAGUGAUCCGGUAAGAGUUACUUUGCUAGUUACAAUUGGUGAUGUUCAUGUUGGGAAAGGUUUGGUGUAUUUGGGUUCUAGCAUAAAUUUGAUUCCUUUAUCCAUGGUGAAAAGAUUGGGAAUUCUUGACAUGAAAGCAACAAAAAUGACAUUGCAAUUGGCCGACAAGUCUACAACCCAUUCUCAUGGAGUUGCAGAAUAUUUUAUUGUAAAAGUGGAUAAAUUCUUGUUUCCGGUUGACUUUGUUGUUAUUGACAUGGAGGAAGAUAUUGAUACCCCAUUGAUCCUUGUAAGACCUUUUAUGUAG